AUGGAAGAGUUGGAUGGGUCUGUAUUCCAUAUUAGGGAAAUUGUGUGUGCUACUCAAGUUGGAAAGGCAAAUUUGCCACGUGUGCUUAUGAUGGUGGCUUGGGAGAUGUUGAAAAAUGGUUUUAUCCCGGGUCAAGGUCUUGGAGCGAAAUUGGAUGGAAUAGUGGAACCAAUUCAAUUGUCUAGUCAGAAAUACACAUUUGGUCUUGGAUACGAGCCUACUCCUGAAGAAAUCUCACCGGCUAAUCUCAAAAGGAAAAGUGACAUUCACUUACCACAACCUAUCCCGCCCUUGAAUCAGUCAUUUUCCAAGGCGUUUGCUGCAGAAGGAUUAGAAGAAGCUGUUGAAGAUAACCUCACAGAAGGACUCAAAAACUUGUUCAUUGAAGAAGCGGAAUGCAAUAUGAUUUUGGAGGACUGCACUGAGGCCCCGACCAUAUGUGAUGCUAUGCCUGGAGAUGCUUUGAACAAUUGGACUUGUAACCCGUCCCCGUUCCUCCAGGAAUCUUGCAAGCAAACUAAUAAAUCUGUCAAUGCCGAGAAUGUGACAUGUAAUGAAACGAGCGAACAAACCUCAAACAGUGAACAAACUUUCGCAGAAUAUGAAGAAGAUAUACAGCCUGGAGAGUUGACUAAGGAGUUUGAACAUUUUGAGAAUAAAGAAAAUCCAAAUUUGGAUGAAACUGAGACGAUAAAUUUGGGAGAUUCAGCAGGAUUGGUGAGGGAAACAAGAAUUAGUGUCCAUUUGACUCCGUCCCAAAGAAAAGAGCUCAUUGAUCUGUUGAGACAAUACAUGGAUGUGUUUGCAUGGUCUUAUGAUGAUAUGCCAGGUCUAAGCACGGAUAUUGUUUCACACUGGUUGCCAAUUGAUCCCUCUUGCCCCCCAGUAAAACAAAAGCCAAGAAAAAUCAAGCCUGAUUUGAGUUUAAAGGUUAAGGAAGAAGUCUCCAAGCAAUUUGACGCCAAUGUGAUCCAGGUCACCAAGUAUCCCACGUGGUUGGCCAACAUAGUACCAGUGCCAAAGAAAGAUGGAAAAAUCAGAAUAUGCGUAGAUUAUCGAGAUCUCAACAAGGCUAGUCCGAAGGAUGAUUUUUCUCUCCCAAAUAUUCACAUACUUAUUGAUAAUUGUGCAAAGCAUGAGUUGCAAUCAUUUGUUAAUUGUUUUGCAGGAUAUCAUCAGAUUCUAAUGGAUGAAGAAGAUGCAGAGAAAACCGCAUUCAUCACGCCUUGGGGAGUAUAUUGUUACCGGGUAAUGCCUUUUGGACAAAGGGCAACAUAUAUGAGAGCUAUGACUACCAUAUUUCAUGAUAUGAUCCACAAAGAGAUUGAAGUCUAUGUAGAUGAUGUCAUCAUCAAGUCACGGAAGAGUUCAGAUCAUAUAACAGAUUUGAAGAAGUUCUUUGACAGAUUAAGGCGGUACAAUCUGAAGUUAAAUCCCGCGAAGUGUGUAUUUGCAGUCCCUGCCGGGAAGCUGUUGGGUUUCAUCGUGAGUAGGAAAGGGAUAGAGCUGGAUCCUUCAAAGAUAAAGGCUAUUCAAGACUUGCCUCCUCCAAAGAGUCGAUUCAUUAGUCGAUUCAUUGCACAAUCCACUGUAAUUUGCGAGCCAAUCUUCAAGUUGCUGAGGAAAGAUGUUGCAACAAAAUGGACGAAAGAUUGCCAAAAAGCUUUCGACAGAAUCAAGGAGUAUUUAUCUAGUCAACCAGUCUUGGUGCCCCCAGAAUCUGAAAGACCGUUGUUGUUCUAUUUGUCAGUGUCUGACAAUGCAUUUGGAUGUGUGCUGGGACAACAUGACGAAACUGGAAAGAAGGAGCAAGCUAUAUACUACUUGAGCAAAAAGUUCACUCCUUAUGAGGCUCGGUAUACUUUAUUGGAGCGCACUUGUUGUGCUUUGACUUGGGUUGCACAAAAGUUGAGACAUUAUUUAUGUGCGUAUACCACUUUUCUCAUCUCAAGGAUGGAUCCACUCAAGUACAUAUUUCAGAAGCCUAUGCCCGCUGGAAAGUUGGCGAAGUGGCAAAUUUUGCUAUGUGAAUUCGACAUUGUUUAUGUCACUCAAAAGGUCAUCAAGGGACAAGCGCUAGCUGAUCAUCUCGCUGAAAAUCCCGUGGACGAAGAGUACAAGCCUCUUAAAACUUAUUUCCCUGAUGAAGAGGUUUUAUUUAUUGGAGAGGAUAUUUCCGAAGAAUAUCCCGGGUGGAGAAUGUUUUUUGAUGGUGCUGCGAAUUCCAAAGGAGUCGGUGCUGGAGCAGUGUUGAUUUCAGAAUCAGGUCAACAUUAUCCUAUCUCAACAAAGUUCAGAUUCUUAUGCACAAAUAUGGCGGAGUACGAGGCUUGUAUUCUUGGGCUUAGAAUGGCUGUUGACAUGAAUAUACAAGAAUUGUUGGUUAUAGGUGAUUCUGACUUAUUGAUUCAUCAGGUUCAAGGCGAAUGGAGCACAAAGAAUGUGAAGAUACUCCCAUAUUUGUUGUGUGUGAAAGAAUUGUGCAAGAAAUUUGUCAAGAUAGAAUUCAAGCAUAUUCCACGAGCUCAGAACGAGUUUGCAGAUGCGUUGGCAGCCCUGGCUUCUAUGAUUCAACAUCCAGACAAGAACUAUAUAGAUCCAAUCAAGGUCAAUGUGCAGGAUCAACCAGCCUAUUGUUUCCAUGUAGAUGAAGAACCGGAUGGAGAACCUUGGUACUAUGACAUUAAGAGGUAUCUCAGAGAAGGAGACUAUCCAGAAGGAGUAAACAAUGUUCAAAAGAGGACACUUCGGAGACUCGCAAAUCACUUUUUCCUAAGUGGAGAAAUCAUUUAUAGAAGGACUCUAGAUUUGGGAUUGUUAAGAUGUGUUGACUCUCAAGAGGCAAGCAAGUUGAUUGAAGAAAUACAUGGGGGUACAUGUGGGCCACACAUGAAUGGUUUCACUUUGGCAAAGAAGAUUCUACGAGCUGGAUAUUUUUGGAUCAUCAUGGAAACAGAUUGCAUCCGUUUUGUGAGAAAGUGUCAUCAAUGUCAGAUUCAUGGUGAUUUGAUUCGGGUUCCACCGAAUGAGCUAAAUGUGACGAGUUCUCCUUGGCCAUUUGCAGCUUGGGGCAUGGAUGUCAUUGGCCCUAUUGAGCCAGCCGCCUCAAAUGGACAUAGGUUCAUUCUGGUAGCUAUUGAUUACUUCACAAAGUGGGUAGAAGCAUCUUCAUACAAGUCUGUGACAAAGAAGGUGGUGACAGAUUUUGUUCGCAAUAACAUCAUUUGUAGAUUUGGGAUCCCCGAGUCAAUUAUUACAGAUAAUGGAGCUAAUCUCAAUAGUGGCUUGAUGCAUGAGAUAUGUGAGAAGUUCAAAAUUAUUUAUCGCAAUUCCACUCCUUAUCGACCUCAGAUGAAUGAAGCAGUUGAGGCCGCCAACAAAAAUAUCAAGAGGAUAUUGCGGAAAAUGACUGAUAACUACAAGCAUUGGCAUGAGAGUUUGUCCUUUGCCCUUCUUGGCUAUCGCACCACAAUCAGGACUUCGACUGGGGCAACACCUUAUCUUUUGGUUUAUGGAACCGAAGCAGUAUUACCAAUGGAAGUUGAGAUACCAUCUCUAAGGAUCAUCCAAGAAGCUGAGUUAAAUGAUGCCAAGUGGAUGCAAAAUCGGUAUGAACAAUUGAUGCUCAUUGAUGAAAAAAGAAUGAAUGCAGUUUGUCACGGGCAACUUUAUCAACACAGGAUGGCCAAAGCUUUCAACAAGAAAGUAAGAUUAAGACAGUUUGAACCAGGACAAUUGGUGUUGAAACGAAUAUUCCCGCACCAAGAUGAAGCUAAGGGAAAGUUUGCACCUAAUUGGCAAGGACCUUACAUAGUUCACCGAGUACUGACUGGAGGAGCUUUGAUUCUAGCAGAAAUGGAUGGCAAGAUAUGGCCAAAAGCUAUCAAUGCAGAUGCGAUUAAGAGAUGCUACAUCUAG